CCUGUACACAUUCAUAGCUACAGUGCUGGAAGUCACAGACUUGCCUUCAUAAAAGCCCACUUAACCAUCCCCUCCUCCCCCUCUUUCUGCGGCUUCUAUAUACAGCCAACGAAGAAGCUAAGAAGUGAACAGGAACACACAGAAAACAAAGGGGACAGCUUUUCUCUGUGUUCACCACAGAGAAUUGAAUUGAUGCUGUCAAUCAGUUGUGAUCUGAGGCACACAUCAGCAGCCUGAGAAAUGAUGCCAAACCAGCUAUGGUUUGCACUGCUAAUGAUUUAUCAGCAUGGGAGGAUUUCCCAAAAGGCCUCAGGGUCCUUCUCCUUGAUGAGGACAGCAGUUCUGCUGCCGAGAUAAAGUUGAAACUAGAAGCUAUGGACUAUAUUGUUUUUUCUUUUUGCAAUGAGAACGAAGCUCUGUCUGCAAUUUCAAGCAAAAAAGAAAGCUUCCAUGUCGCCAUUGUGGAGGCAAGUACAAGCAAUAGCAAUGGGAGUUUCAAGUUUCUAGAAGCUGCCAUGGACUUUCCAACCAUUAUGACGUCGAACACUCAUUGUCUGAGCACCAUGAUGAAGUGCAUGGCGCUUGGUGCAGUUGAAUUUCUUCUGAAACCUCUCUCCGAUGACAAACUGAAGAACAUCUGGCAGCAUGUAGUUCAUAAGGCAUUCAAUACAAAGGCGAGUGUCAUCUCAGAAUCACUGAAACCUGUUAAGCAGUCAGUGGUCUCCAUGCUGCAGCUUCAAUUGGAGAAUGGAGAAUCCAAUGAAGAGAGGGCAGAAAAGGCAGGCGUGUCUCUGGCAAAUGGAAAUGAGCUUGAGCAGUCAGCAGGUAGCGAUAAGUAUCCAGCUCCAUCAACCCCACAAUUAAAACAAGUAGAACGAUUUUUGGAGGAUGAGGAUUUUCAAGAUCACACUAAUAGCUUAACGAAAACUGAGAGUGGGGAGCAAGAACGGGAAACUAAAUCUGUCGAAACUACUGAUGUAAAUUCAAUGGUUGAGGAGACUCUAAUUGUUAGAGAACCGCAGAGUUUAGGAAAGAUUUCAACCAAAGAGGAGAUUGACUUGGCUGAUGGUGCCAACAACGAGGGUAAUCUCUGCCCACACCCUCAAAAUAAAGACAAUCUUGACAUUUCUAGUGGUGGGACUGAAAGCCCAGGUAAAGCUACCCAUAGUGUCCGCGGGAUUAAGGCUAACCGAAAGAAGAUGAAGGUAGACUGGACGCCUGAACUUCAUAGAAAGUUUGUCCAAGCAGUGGAGCAGCUAGGAGUAGAUCAAGCGAUACCUUCACGAAUUCUAGAGCUGAUGAAAGUGGCAGGCUUGACUAGACAUAAUGUAGCAAGUCAUCUCCAGAAAUAUCGAAUACAAAGGAGACACAUCUUGCCUAAGGAUGACAACCAGAGAUGGCUGCAUCAAAAAGACCAAAUGCAAAGAAAUUACUGUUCCUAUAAACCUAUCAUGGCUUUCCCAACAUAUCAUUCUAAUCCUGCUCCUCCGUCUGGUCCAGUUUAUCACAUGUGGGGAGCUCCUAAUACUCACCCAGCGCCUGUCCUGAUGUGGGGUGGCUAUCCCCCGUGGCCACAGACAGAUAGUUGGCAAUGGAAGCCUAAUCCUAGGAUGCAUGCUGAUGCUUGGGGUUGCCCUAUGAUGCCCCCACCUUAUACCUAUUGUCCUUCCUUGCCUCAGCAGAAUACGUCUGGAUUUUCCAAUGCUGGCGCCAUCAUUGGCUAUGGCAUGCCUGAAAAUUCUUUCGAACAUUACCCGGCAGAGGAAAUGGUUGACAAGGUUGUGAAAGACGCAAUAAGCAAGCCAUGGCUACCCCUGCCUUUAGGCCUGAAGCCUCCUUCCACUGAGUGUGUCCUGGCUGAGCUUUCCAGGCAAGGCAUCUCCACCAUCCCUCCCAACAUCAAUGGCUCUAAUUCUUGCUGAUCUGGCAAUCACAAUCUCCGGCCCCACCGACGCUGCCCCCUCCUGAUCCUAUAUCUUCCAAAGUAGGCAAUUUCCUCCAACCAGGCUCAUGACCUCUCAGCAACUUUUUUUUUUUUAAUUCCUUACAAGAACAUUGCCUCUGGGAUCCUUAAUUGGUUGUAAAUAGAUCACACUGAGUUCAGAUUAUUGAAUGUUGGUUUCUGGGAGUUUGAUCAUUCUUCUUGUCUUGAUUAAGGAGCUCCUAGUGGUGAUGGGGUUCGGAUAGUAUGGUGCUACAGAACAGAAGCUCUGUGAAUAAAGUUGGAAUUAGUUGUAGACUUGUAGUGGAUAAUGAACUGAUUUCUUUUGAUAAAUAUAUUUUAAUUAAGUUGGUACAGCA